AUGGCUCAGUGCAAUGCAGAGGAAUCUGUAGAUCACUGUGUGAUAGAAAAGAGCACCAGAGUUGAACCCAUGGACUCGAUCAAUUAUGGGAUAAUCGAGAUGAAAAUUGAAGAUGACUCGACAGCUACGGAGAUGGAGAUUGAUAAGUUUAGUAAUGCACAUUGCCAUCUCAAACAUAUUAGCCACAAGCAUCCACUGGUCUUCAAUGAAGAAGAGCAACAGAAUUAUAGUUACAUCAAGGAAAAUUCAUGCUUCGGAUGCGAGGAACUAGUGUUGGGUCCAAGCUACAACUGCAGCCAAUGCAAUUUCUUUCUUCACAAGACUUGUGCAGAGCUACCGCUCAAGAUUAAGCACCCAUUCCACCGCAAACACCCUCUAGUUCUCAUUCUAGACACCUCGAAUGUUGGUUGGCGCCGCCCAGCCUGUUUUUUCUGCAACGAAAGUUGCCGAAGGUUUGCAUAUAGUUGCUCUAAUUGUGCUUGUUACCUCUACAUCAAGUGUGCUACGCUGUCUUGUGUCAUUGAACCUGAAGCUCAUGAGCAUCAAUUCAUUCACUGGAUGAGGGCCAUUCCAUUCACUUGCAAUGCCUGCGGUGAAAAGGAAUCAGAACAAACGCCUUAUUUUUGUACCGCGUGCCAAGUCAAGGUCCACAAAAGCUGCAUUUCGUUGCCACAUAGUAUCAAAAUAAUUCAGCAUAAUCAUCCCCUUCACCGCAACCAUUUCUUUCAUGAAAAUGUGUCGGCAGGCUCUCUGAAUUGUGGAAUUUGUGAGAAGGAAGUGAAUUCUGAAUGUGGGAGUUAUUAUUGUCCUGACUAUUGCAAUUUCAUUGCCCAUGUGAGCUGCGCAUUGGAGUUCGAAGAUAAAGAUCAGAAAUGA